UGCGAAUAGGAACGAGAGAGGGGGAGAGCGAGACCGAGAGCAGAAAGCCGCCGCUUGUUGUGAAAUAGAAAAAGAGGGUGAACAAAAAUAAGGAUCGGAGGAGAACAACCCAGCGGUUGGGAGCAGAGCAGAGAUGUUGGAGCUCUCGUCUGAGCUGGGCUUUGUGCAGAGUGUGUGUGUCGACAGCAUAUGCUGCCCCCCCUCUGCACCCCACCCCACCGCCGGAUCCACGAGGGCCGACGAGCUGCUGCUGAGUAACGGCACGGCCGGGAAGAUGAACGGUGCGUUGGAGCAUUCGGACCAGCCCGACCCAGACGCCAUCAAGAUGUUCGUGGGCCAGAUCCCUCGCUCCUGGUCAGAGAAGGAGCUGAAGGAGCUGUUUGAGCCCUACGGCGCCGUCUAUCAGAUCAACAUCCUCCGAGACCGCAGCCAGAACCCUCCACAGAGCAAAGGGUGCUGUUUUGUCACGUUUUACACACGGAAAGCUGCCCUUGAAGCCCAGAACGCACUGCAUAACAUAAAGACCUUAACAGGGAUGCACCAUCCCAUUCAGAUGAAGCCUGCAGACAGUGAGAAAUCAAACGCGGUGGAGGACAGGAAGCUGUUCAUCGGCAUGGUGUCGAAGAAGUGCAAUGAGAACGACAUCCGAGUCAUGUUCUCUGCGUUCGGACAGAUCGAGGAGUGCCGGAUCCUGCGAGGGCCCGACGGUCUCAGCAGAGGAUGUGCGUUUGUCACGUUUUCUACCAGGGCUAUGGCACAGAAUGCAAUCAAAGCCAUGCACCAGUCUCAGACUAUGGAGGGCUGCUCGUCUCCCAUCGUGGUGAAGUUUGCCGACACGCAGAAGGACAAGGAGCAGCGGCGCCUGCAGCAGCAGCUGGCUCAGCAGAUGCAGCAGCUCAACAACGCCACCACCUGGGGGAGUCUGACAGGGCUGGGCGGCCUCACCCCGCAGUAUCUGGCUUUGCUCCAGCAGGCCACCUCCUCCAGUAACCUUGGAGCCUUCAGUGGGAUCCAACAGAUGGCAGGUAUGAGUGCUCUGCAGUUGCAGAACCUGGCCACUUUAGCAGCGGCGGCGGCGGCGGCCCAAAACUCAGCCGGCCCCAACGCAAACCCCCUGUCCUCCAACGUGGCCUCCCUCGGAGCGCUGGCCAGCCCAGCGGGCACCACAGCCAACUCCUCGGGCAUGAACUCUCUGACCUCUCUGGGCACUCUGCAGGGCCUGGCUGGCGCCACCAUGGGUCUGAACAACAUUAAUGCACUAGCAGGUAGCGUCAACAGUAUGGCGGCCCUGAACGGAGGCCUGGGCGGCGCGGGGCUGACCAACGGCACGGCGGGCACCAUGGACGCGCUCACACAGGCCUACUCAGGGAUCCAGCAGUAUGCAGCCGCAGCCCUGCCCACCCUCUACAGCCAGUCCCUGCUGCAGCAGCAAGGUGCCGCCGGCAGCCAGAAAGAGGGGCCUGAAGGUGCCAACCUGUUCAUCUACCACCUGCCCCAGGAGUUUGGGGACCAGGACAUCCUGCAGAUGUUCAUGCCUUUUGGAAACGUGGUCUCUGCCAAAGUCUUCAUUGACAAACAGACCAACCUGAGCAAGUGCUUCGGCUUCGUCAGUUAUGACAAUCCCGUGUCGGCGCAGGCAGCCAUCCAGGCCAUGAAUGGCUUCCAGAUCGGCAUGAAGAGGCUGAAGGUGCAGCUCAAGCGCUCCAAGAACGACAGCAAACCAUACUGAUCUUAGCACUAGGGCCUAUCUGCUCCCAUGUUACCACUGCUAGGAACCCAUCUCCAUGCCUGUUAGCUCAUCGUUUGCCUAGCAUGUCUCUGUGGCGUGGCGUCCAAAAACCAAAAAAAAUACAAAAAAGUCUCAUCGUCCCGUCAUUGUUUUCUGAUGUCUUUUCUGAGCUGAUCAUAACCUGGUCUCCGCCUACUGACCUUUUGAACUUAGCUUGACCUUUUUUGGACUUUUUUUUGCAUGUGACCUCAUGUUCUAUUUUGGGGA